AUAAAAAUAAUAAACAUGUUUAUUCGUGGGCAAUACGUACAGAGUAAUAUUAGAGUGACAAGACAGCCUCAAAUAAUCCCCAAUUCAUUCAAUCUUCCGGUUCGAUUUCAAACUUCGGGGUCCGGAUACUCCCCACUCGACGAUCCUUCUCCCAAUUGGAGCAAUCGACCUCCAGAAGAGACGAUACUCCUUCAUGGCUGCGAUUACGAGCACUGGCUGAUUGUGAUUGAGUUUCCAAAUGAUCCGAAACCAACGGAAGAGGAGAUGGUGGAUUCUUAUGUCGAAACUCUUGCUGCUGUAGUCGGCAGGCUUCGGAUUAAAGCGGAUUUGAGGAAGAGGCGAAGAAUGAAAUAUACUCUGUCAGUACAACUACCUAUACUGGCUUUGGUGCCUUGAUUCGGGAAGAGCUUUCUUACAAGGCGAUUUUGUGCGUAUUCGUGGUAUGGUUAGAUCAAGGAACCCUAGGAAGCGGAUUUACUCGUCUUGUAGAUAUUGGAAUUGUGUCGAUUAUUUAGAUUGCAAUUGAAGAUUGAAGCGUAGUUUUGAGUCAAUCGCAUGAAUAUGUUUGAUGAAAGUUCCCAUACAAAUUUGAAUGGUUAAUAAAUUCUCCUUUCUGUUUUGAA